GGCACUUGACUUUGAACUGUAAUAUCUUGUAUAGACCAUUAACUGCUAGCAUUCUCGUCUUACACCAAAGUACAAUCACAACAUGUACCUGUAUCCAGUUUCAAUGCUUUUCUUCUUUUAUCAUCUUCUUAUCACCUCUGCAGAUCAUUACUUCUCUGGGGAUAUAGCUAUUGACUGUGGUUCCACCGGCAUAUCAACUGCCUUUAAUGGCAGGGAAUGGAUUGGAGAUAUAAAUUCAAAAUCUACUUUCUCGCCACAAAUAAAGGGCUCAUCCACCAGCUCAAGCAUCGUCCAUAAUUUGGUUUCCACAUAUCCUGUUCCCUACAAGACAGCACGAAUCUCUCGAACACAAUUCUCUUAUACUUUCCGAUUAAGCCCAGAUGCAUUUGGCGUAAAAUCUUUCGUUAAGGAGUACUGCAUCAAUAUAGAAGAAAAUCAAACAUUGGACAUAAUCUUUUCUCCGGAACAUAGCCUGUCAUAUAAAACAUACGCGUUCAUAAAUGGAAUUGAGGUAAUAUCUAUGCCUCCUGAUCUUUAUUACUCACAUGCUGGUGAUCUUGGAGCCCAAGUGGUCGGCCAAAAAUCUCGAAUCUAUAUUGAUAACAACACUGCACUUGAAAUCGUGCACCGAAUAAAUAUGAUUUGGAAUCCUAUCCCAUCAGCAGAUAAUUCUGGUAUUUUUAGGAUGUGGGGAGCAGUUUCAAAUAAAAACGCAAACAAGAUCAACAAUUUCACCUGGAAAAUACCUGUGGAUGUUGGAUAUGGGUACUUGGUGAGGCUUCAUUUCUGUGAGAAAGGACUUCAGAUGGCCGAGACUGGCCACCCGGUGUUUAGGGUCCUCAUAAACGACAUGAUUGCCGAAACUUAUGUCGAUAAAGGGAAGGGUGGAAAUGACAUUCUUUGGUACAGAGACUACAUUGUGAUGGUGAAAGGACACAAAGAUGAGGGCAGGCGUGAUAUACUGAUUGCCCUCCAGAUAAAGGAUGCCCUUAAGGGAUUGGAGAUAUUGAAGUUGAGCAACCAAGAAAAUAGUCUAGCUAGUCCGAACCCUUCGCCUCCUGCACGAUCUCCAUCAUCUGUGACUCUGCGAAAUUUUCCGACUAUUUUAGGUCAUGGGAACACAAUUGCAACUGGUGCAGUAAUUCUAAUUGUUGUAAUCAAUGUCAUUACUCAUAAAUUGAGGCAAAUUUGGGAAGAUCAUUAUACCAAAGAUAGGAACAAGCUGUCUGCCUCGACUGAACGAAUCUGUCGUCCUUUUUCUCUUGCUGAAAUACAAUUAGCCACUGAGAACUUCAAUGAUGCACUUGUUAUCGGAAAAGGUGGAUUUGGUAAAGUCUAUAAAGGUUUCAUUGAUAAUGGUCCACAAACUGUAGCCGUAAAGCGAUUAGAAUCCAAUUCGAAGCAAGGAGAGAAUGAGUUUUGGACAGAGAUCCGAACACUUUCGAAGCUCCUUCAUGCUAAUCUUGUUUCUUUAAUCGGAUACUGCAAUGAAUUCAAAGAAAUGAUUCUUCUGUAUGAGUAUACUCCCAAUGGCACAUUGGCUGAUCAUCUCUUUGGACUCGAUGGCGAGAGCGAUUAUCAUUCUUCUCUCUCUUGGAAGCAACGCCUAAGGAUCUGCAUUGGGGUGGGUCGAGGACUAGACUACCUACACUGUGGUACAGAUCAUGAAAUCAUACACCGUGACAUAAAGGCUUCGAACAUCCUGCUGGAUGAAAAUUUCGAUGCUAAGAUUUCAGAUUUUGGGUUGGCCAAAACUCAAAAGAAAAAUUAUAUGCAAAGCUAUGUUCUCACAAACGUUAAAGGCACAUUUGGGUAUUUUGACCCAUAUUAUUUUAGAACCCGUAAACUGACAAGGAAGAGCGACACUUACGCCUUCGGGGUUGUGUUGUUGGAAAUAUUGUGUGGAAGGCCAGCAGUGGAUCCAAGACUCACAGAGGACAAACAUAGUCUCACCAUGUGGUUUCAAGACUGCAUCAGCAAGGGAGAAAUCGAUCAGCUUAUUUCUUCAAGUCUGAGGGGACAAAUUUCACCCGAGAGCCUGAUGACAUUUCUGGAACUUGCAAAAAGAUGCUUGCAUGAUGAACCAAAGAAACGGCCUACAAUGGCUCAAGUUGUGGUACAACUCCAAUUUGCACUGGAACAGCUGGAAUAUGUCACAGAGAUAACUAGUUCUGAUGGUGUCUGGCCUUGCUCUGGGGAAACUGCCCAAUCAAUCAGUACGGGGAUACAAGAAAUGUCCUCUGAUGAGGAGAAGGAUAUUGCACCUCCACCAGAAGAAAGAAACAGAUGCGAAAUGCUUCAGAAUCCGAAUGCUGAGCCUUUAGGCAGGGGAUCACCAGUGGAUAAGAGAAAAACCAAUGCUUAUAAGCUAUCACGCUUUUGGCCAUGGGAUGCAUUCUGGAACAGGGUAAAAGCAUCCAAGAAAACAGAAUUGGACCCCUUCUCAAUAUUAGGUAUUGCAGUUAUAUUCUUCACGUUUUGGCCUGUUAGCUGUUGAUCUUGUGUACUUAUUAUGAUAACGCUUCCUCAGAAUCAUAUAUUUA